UAAAUAAUACUAUAGUUAAAAACAUAUGCAUUCGUGUGUUAACAAUGAUUCAUACAGCAUAUGAACGUAUUUAACCUAACAUUUUCCAUCAGUAUUACAUCGUACCGAUCAGCUGAGUCCAGUUGUUUUAUAGUAGUACUACAUAGUAAUUAGCAAAAAAUAUUUCAACGAAUGGUUUUUAUUCGACACAUUCUAAUCGUGCAAUAAUAAAACAAUUUAAACAAUACGAUAUGAAGGUUCAAAUAUUACCUGCACUUCAAGAUAAUUAUAUGUAUUUAAUUAUUGACGAAACAUCACAAGAAGCUGCAAUCGUUGAUCCUGUUGAUCCUGAUACUGUUGCUUGUGCAGUCCAACAAAAUAAUGUAUCUUUAACAAAAGUUCUAACUACUCAUCAUCAUUGGGAUCAUGCUGGAGGAAAUAUAAAGUUAUGUAAAAAAUUUAAUAAUCUUCAAGUAUAUGGUGGAGAUGAUAGAAUAGAGGCACUUACAUGUAAAGUAAAACAUAAUGAUAUUUUCAACAUUGGAAAAUUACAAGUUCAAUGCCUCUCAACACCAUGUCAUACAACUGGACAUAUCUGUUUUUAUAUUACAGAAAAUCAAGAUACUCCAGCAGUUUUUACAGGAGAUACUCUUUUUGUUGCUGGCUGUGGCAGAUUUUUUGAAGGUACUGCAGAACAAAUGUAUAAAGCACUUAUAGAAAUUUUGGGAUCAUUGCCUAAUGAAACUAAAGUAUAUUGUGGUCAUGAAUAUACAGCAAAUAACUUAAAAUUUGCAAAACAUGUAGAGCCAGAAAAUGAAGCAAUUCGUCAAAAAAUAGAAUGGGUUCGUAUACAACGUGAAAAGAAUAAUCCUUCUGUGCCCAGCACUAUUCAGGAAGAAAAAUUGACAAAUCCAUUUAUGCGAGUUCACGAACAAUCUGUUAUGGAUCAUACUGAACAAAAAGAUCCAAUUCAAACUAUGGCAUUUCUUAGAAGGGAAAAAGAUAAUUUUAAAGCAUAAAUUUAUUAUUGUUACAAAAAAAUUAGUGGUGGUUACAUAACUUUUUUAAUCAAUAUAAAAUAUUCUUCCUACGUA